CUGGUUCCUACACGGAUACUUCCGCGUUGUAGACCGGAAGUGGGGCUUGUAGGACAUCCUGCAGAGUCCCCGGGAUGGCCCUGGACGGGCUGUCCGGUUAUGUUUACAAGGCUGCGGCAGAGGGCCGAGUACUGACUCUGGCAGCCCUGCUUCUCAACCGCACGGAGCCCGAGAUCCGCAGCCUGCUCGGCUCGGUCACCCAGCAUGGCGGCCAGAGAUCCACCCCACUCAUCAUCGCCGCCCGCAACGGCCACAGCAAGGUGGUGCGACUGCUCCUGGAGCAUUACCGGGUGGACACCCAGCAGACCGGCACCGUGCGCUUCGACGGGUAAUUACAGAGACCCCCAGACUGCAACAGACAGGCAGCAAGGACACGACAUGCCAGGGUUAGGUCAUCUCUGGCACUGCUUGGAGGUGGACUACCACUCUCACAGUGCUCAGCCAGCCAGAGCCACACUGAACAACCCCCUGGAGAAGAAGUCCAUCUAAGCUGGCGCUCCAUGGGUGGCCGAUCACUGAGUAGGGUGUGGGUGUUCACAGUAAGGUGCAGGUGUAUAGAUCCUGGAACUUAGUUUGGCAACAGGGAAUUAAAACACAAUUUAUUAAGAAUUCAAAAUUCUCUCAGUGUAGUAAUACUCAGGUGAUAUGAUGGUAUGGUUCCAGUUCAAUUUCUGCUAAAAGUCUCAUGUUGUUAUGAAGACACUUUUUUUUUUUUUUUUUUUGUGAUUACCAUUUUGAAUCUUUCCCAUCAAUUCACUAAACCUCUUCUUUCUUGCUUUCUGCAGUUACGUUAUUGAUGGAGCCACAGCUCUGUGGUGUGCGGCUGGAGCUGGACACUACGAGGUGGUCAAGUUGUUAGUCAGCCAUGGAGCCAAUGUAAACCACACGACCGUAACAAACUCUACACCCCUAAGGGCAGCAUGCUUUGAUGGGAGACUUGAUAUUGUCCGCUUCCUUGUGGAAAACCACGCAAACAUAGGUAUUGCCAACAAGUAUGACAACACGUGCCUAAUGAUUGCUGCUUACAAGGGUCAUACUGAUGUAGUACGUUACCUUUUGGAGCAGAAUGCAGAUCCAAAUGCCAGAGCUCAUUGUGGAGCUACUGCAUUACACUUUGCAGCAGAAGCCGGACACUUAGACAUUGUGCGCGAGCUUGUGAAAUGGAAUGCAGCCAUGGUUAUGAAUGGUCAUGGAAUGACCCCUCUAAAAGUGGCAGCUGAGACCUGUAAAGCUGAAGUGGUGGAGCUGCUUCUUCAGCAUUCAGACUGUGAUGCAGAGAGUCGUGUGGAGGCACUGGAACUCCUGGGUGCUUCUUUUGCCAAUGACCGGGAGAAUUACAACAUUACAAAGACAUACCAGUAUCUGUACUUGGCAAUGCUGGAAAGAUUCAGAGAUCCAGCCAGUAUUCUUCACAAACAGGUUCUGUCUCCUGUUGAGGCUUAUGGAAUGCGAACAGAAUGUAGCACUCCACGAGAGCUGGAUGCUAUACGACACGAUACAGAUGCACUACAUAUGGAGGGCUUAAUAGUACGUGAGCGAAUACUUGGAUCCGAUAACAUAGAUGUAUCACACCCCAUCAUUUAUCGGGGGGCUGUUUAUGCUGAUAACAUGGAAUUUGAACAGUGCAUUAAAUUGUGGUUGCAUGCCCUGAACCUGCGUCAGAAGGGAAACCGCAACACUCACAAAGACCUGCUGAGAUUUGCACAGGUGUUUUCACAGAUGAUCCAUCUUAAUGAACCAGUGAAAGCAUGCGAUGUGGAGAGCGUUCUGAGGUGCAGUGUACUGGAAAUUGAACGGGGGAUGACACGGAUUCGAAAUCCCCAGGAACCAGAUGCUCAUUCUGCCGUUGAAAAUCACGAGUGUAAUCUUUACACUUUUCUCUACCUCGUCUGCAUCUCCACAAAGACUCAGUGUUCAGAGGAGGAGCAGUCUCUUAUCAACAAGCAGAUCUACAGAUUGGUGCAUCUAGAUCCUCGUACCCGGGAAGGUUGUAGCCUUCUGCACUUGGCUGUAGACUCUAGCACUCCAGUAGACGAUUUUCACACAAAUGACGUUUGCAGCUUCCCUAGUGCUCCAGUGGCCAAACUUCUCAUAGACUGUGGGGCUAAUGUAAAUGCCACUGACAAUGUUGGCAACACUCCACUCCAUGUAAUAGUCCAGUACAACCGUCCCAUUAGUGAUUUUCUUACGCUACACUCAAUCAUAAUCUGUCUAGUGGAGGCAGGAGCACAUACAGACAUGACCAACAAGGAGAGGAAGACUCCACUAGAUAGAAGCACCACUGGAGUAUCUGAGAUUCUAUUGAAAACUCAGAUGAAGCUUAGCUUAAAGUGCCUAGCAGCCCGUGCUGUCCGACUAUACAAUAUUAAGUACCGUAAUCAGAUUCCCAAGAGUCUUGAGGAGUUUGUUGAAUUUCAUUGAGCUCGUGUAUGAGCAAAAUCCUUUUAUUUUUAUUUUAAAAUUUUGUGUAAAUAUCUUCAUAGUUUUGAUCUUAUUAAUUAAUGGGGCCAUCGCAAAUACCUUUUAUAUUCAGUACACACAAUUCCAUGUUUCAUGCUUUGCAUCCCUGUGUUGAGGAGCAGACCUUCUAAAGAGCAGGGAAGCUGCUUCCAGUGUAUUUUUUGGAGAGGUAUCUCUGAGACACAAGAUAAGGUGCUGAAAUAGAUCAAUUCAUUAUUUUAUUUUUUCCAAGGUAACAUAUUGCCAUUUUUAAAUUAAACCCAUUAAUUUUUAUUUGUAUUAAUUUGCAGUUUAUUGUAAAUUUCAUGGUUGUUUGAAUAUAUCAGUCUAUCUUCUGAUGGACCCAAGAGGGUAUUAUUUUUAAACCUGCUGGGAUAUGCUCAGAAAAUAAUGACUUUUUUUAAUAUAAAUUUAAUUUUCUAUGUAAAAGCAAAUAUCCUAGCUUCACCUAUUUGGUUGUGCAAAGUCAUACUAAGCUUGGGGCCAACCAUGAAUGAGUUUUUAAUUAAAUGACCAUUAACUUCACUGUAAUAGUUUGCACAAUAAGCCAUUUAAAGGGACACUAUAGUCACUAAAAAAACUUUAGCUUAAAGAAACCAUUUUGGUCUAUAGAACAUGCCUCUAAAGUUUUACUGCUCAAUUCACUGCUAUUUAGGAGUUAAAUCUGGUUUGUUUCUGUUUAUUCAACCCUAGCCAUACUUCCCCUGGCUGUGACUGAAACAGCCUGCAUUAUAAAAAAGAUUUCAUUUUCAUUCAUAUGCAGCUUACUUGAAAAGCUUUCUCUUGUUCUGUAAAUUGAACUUUCAUCAUAUACAGGAGACUCCUGCAGGGUCUAGCAAGCUAUUAACAGUGCAGUGGAUAAAACAUUUUAAGUUAAACAGAAUUUGGAAAGAAGAAAGUAUAAACAUUAGAAAAAUCUUUACUUCAGGAAAUGUUUAGGAAGGCCGUGUAAGUUACACGCACAGAGGUGUGUGACUAGGGUGCCUAAGCAAAGUGAUUUGACUCCUAAAUGGCAGAGAAUUGAGCAGUGAGACUGCAGGAACAUGAUCUAUACACCAAAACUACUUCAUUAAGCUAAAGUUGCUGUGGUGACUAUAGUGUCCCAUUAACCUUUUUCAAUUAAGAAGAAAUUUCAAGGCAGCCCAGCCCACUGUGGAAUACCCUGUAGUGCUAGACGAUUGACCAGAUACAUGCUUACAUUAUGGUAAGAUAUGACCCUGGCAUGAGUUGAGGGUAUUGUAUUAAAAAAAGAUUGUGUCCUUGCUGGCUAAAACAGGUAUAUUACCACUGCCAUGGAGAUUUUUAUUUACUGACACAAUAAGUGCU